CGCUUCAGGAAAGCGGGCGCGUGUUCAUAAUCAGCCAGGUUUCUAUCUAGGCUCGAGCGUUAUGGGUGGGUCGUAAAGGAGUCUAUUUGCAUAGUAAGUGCAUAUUUAAUGAGGCGACCGAACUCCGGGACAGGACGGGAUUUUGGCGGAAAAAGCCGAGCGCUACCGAAUGUUCAAUUAACUCGCGACAUGGUUUAUAUCAGUGUGUGGCGUGCGGUUAUUCAUUAGCCGUGCGAGCGCACGCACAAGCACAAGCACACACACACACACACACACACACACACACACACAGAGAGAGAGAGGUGUCCCUUGUGCUCCCCUGACCGCGCGCGCACACAUAUACACACACAGUCUUCACCAACACGCGCGUGCUACCCAUUUCUGCGUCCGUCCGUUAACUGACCAGUCAUCAGCUCGUACCUCCCGCCGUCAUUUCUCCUCAACACUUUCCUUCUUUCAUUCAUCCUUUCUUUCUGUCCUUCUUUCUUUCUUUCCCCCAGUUCACUGAGGCUGUACCUGUCUAAUCAGCGAGCACGAGACUUCUGAGGACUGGUGAAAAGCUACAGGAGAGCGGGAAAGAACUUCCUCUCUCACAGCUGACCUACUGUAGAUCAAAGGACAAGAGUCAAAGGUCAUGCCCUCAGUGUGAACCAACAUGUUCCACACAUUCCCCAACAAAUCCAAGCCGCAUUCCCCGGUCUCGCUGGAGAAGACCUACUCGCUCACGGCGCACUAUGACGACUUCCAGGAAGUGAAGUACGGCAGCCGGUACAGCAGCAAUGGCAUGAGCUUGACACUGGGCGGGUCUCUGGAACGUAGUGGGCGGGCCCGGGGCGGGGCAGCAGGUGGGGCUGGUGGGAGUAAGUCCUCCAGUACUGAGAGGUGGAGUCGGCGUGAGAUCUGCCUGCUUUCUGCACUGGUGUUUGCCGGUGGUGUGUGCGUGAUCCUGGGCUGCAUGCUGGCACUGAAGUUAGUCUGGCUGGACGCUCAGGACACUCAGUGCGAGCGGGAGUGCGGGUCGGUGCGGCGCUCGCUCCUGAGGGCUGCUCGCUUCGUCCAGGCCAACGUAGACGCCAGCGUGGCGCCGUGUCAUGACUUCUACAGCUUCGCAUGCGGCGGCUGGCUCCGACGACACGCCAUUCCCGAGGACAAACUCAGCUACGGCGUCAUCACAGCCAUCGGAGAGCAGAACCAAGAGAAGCUACAGCGCCUGCUGGAGGAACCGGUCAUGAGGAAGGGACCUGAUAGUGCUGAGAGAAAGGUGAAGGAGUUUUAUCGUUCCUGCGUCAACAUCCAGGAAAUCGACCGGCUUGGAGCCGAGCCCAUGAUGGAAGUGAUUGACAGCUGUGGUGGGUGGGACUUGGCUGUAGCUCCGCCCGGAGGGGCGGGUUGGGAAAGCGGCUCAGUCCAGACGAGACCUGACUUUAACGAGAUGCUCUAUAGGACCCAGGGGGUGUACAGCACAGCCGUCUUCUUCUCACUCACUGUUAACGUGGAUGAUAAAAACUCAUCUCGCAACGCCAUAAGAAUUGAUCAGGAGGGUCUGACGUUGCCUGAGAGGACUCUGUACCUGGGCCAGGAUGAGGACAGUGUGAAGAUCCUGGCAGCCUACAAGGCGCUAAUGGAGCGGCUGCUGAGCAUGCUGGGAGCCCAUAAUGCCACGGUGAAGUCCCGUGAGAUCCUGGACCUGGAGAUGAGACUGGCUAACAUCACUGUGUCCGAAUUCGAAGAUCAGAGAAAAGAUAUCAGCAGCAUGUACAACCGCAUCACGCUGAAACAGCUCCAACGCAUGGCUCCUGGUUUACACUGGAAGCGGCUGCUGGAUAGAAUAUUCCACGAUAAUUUCUCGGAGGAAGAGGAGAUCGUGGUCCUGGCCACAGACUACAUGCAGAAAGUCUCUGACAUCAUCAAGACCACGUCAAAAAGGGUUCUGCAUAACUACAUGCUGUGGAGGAUCGUAGCGGCGCUCAGCGAGCACUUAUCCACGGGUUUCCGAAGCACGAUCCACGAGUUCUCGCGGGAGAUCGACGGAACCGAGCGGCAGCUGGAGCUCAACCAGCUGUGUCUCAAUCAGGCCAACAAACACUUCGGCAUGGCGCUGGGUGCACUCUUCGUCCAGACACACUUCUCCUCUCGCAGCAAGGCCAAGGUACAGGAGCUGGUGGAGGACAUAAAGCACUCGCUGGAUGUCAGACUGCAGGAGCUUGACUGGAUGGACGGAGAAACCAAAGAGGCAGCGAGAGCCAAGCUCCAGUACAUGAUGGUGAUGACGGGUUAUCCAGACUUCCUGUUAAAGCCGGAGCUCAUUGAUCAGGAAUACGGGUUUGAAGUGAACGAGAAGACGUAUUUCAAAAACAUCCUGAACAGCAUCAAGUACAACAUCAACCUGUCCAUCAACAAGAUCCGCAAGGAAGUGGACAAGACGACGUGGCUUCUUCCACCCCAGGCGCUCAAUGCUUACUACCUUCCAAACAAGAACCAGAUGGUUUUCCCAGCCGGAAUUCUCCAGCCGACUCUGUACGAUCCAGAAUUCCCGCAGUCUCUAAAUUAUGGAGGAAUCGGAGCAAUCAUCGGACACGAGCUAACACAUGGAUACGACGACUGGGGUGGUCAGUACGAUCGCUAUGGUAACCUGAAGCAGUGGUGGACCGAGGAGUCUUACAGAAAGUUCCAGAAGAAAGCAGAGUGCAUCAUCAGACUGUACGAUAACUUCACCGUCUACAACCAGCGGGUAAACGGGCGUCUCACACUGGGAGAGAACAUCGCUGAUCUAGGGGGAUUGAAACUAUCCUACUAUGCAUAUCAAAAGUGGGUGAGGGAUCAUGGACCAGAGCGGCCGCUACCAGGCCUCAAAUACACACAUGAGCAGCUGUUCUUUAUAGCAUUCGCCCAGAACUGGUGCAUGAAGAGACGAUCUCAGUCCAUAUAUCUUCAGCUGCUGACUGACAAACACGCCCCUGAACACUACAGGGUUAUCGGCAGCGUGUCUCAGUUUGAUGAGUUCGGUCGUGUGUUUCACUGCCCGAAAGGAUCUCCUAUGCAUCCCGUCAACAAGUGCUCCGUCUGGUGACCUUCUGACCUUCAGUACUGACCUUUGACCUCUCAUCUUUCACCAUCCAUCCAGAAUUGUCUGUCUGUCCUCAGUGGACCCUGAAAUCGCCCUCACACAGGCCGAGCGAAACGGAAAUGUUUCAGAGUGCUGCUACGAGCUUAAAGCGUUCGUGUUAUCCUAAACAAAACAGCGUUGUCAUGGUUACAAUAUACCUCUUAUAUGGACACAGGUAGCGUUCAGUCGACGAGGCCGUGCGUACCGAGACAGCAUACGCGUACAGACAUAUUGGCUUGCUAGCUAGUUAGCUUACUGACUAGCAUGCUACCUAUCUAGCAUAAUAAGGUUUAACGCACACUUUGAGCAAAAGUUUUUUUUUGUUGUUAUAAUCAAUUUCAUUUGAAAAUAUUUCAAAUUGUCUUCUGUUUACAUAAACAUCUUCAUCCAUGGUGGAGAAAAACAAACAAACAAACACGCAAUGCCUUCUGGGUUACGUCCUGAAAUCGAGAGUGGAACAAUUGUCGUUUACAUUAAAGUUUUACGUCAAACGGAUCGACGUCGUACGCAGUCUGACGACAACAGGAGUCACGUGAACUUUUAUUAAUAAACUGUACCUGAGCUGAUCAAAAAAAAAAAAAAAAAGCCUUGCAAAUGGAGAACGUU